AUGGAAUUUUUAAGAUCUCAUCUUGAGGGCAGACCAACGAUCACAAACUUGUCUGAUGUAACUGACGAUUCAACACAAGAGUUGCAAUUCUCAGAUGAAACCGAAUCAUCUCGUUUUAAUGCAACUCCUGGUCCAAGCUCUUUUACUGUCAGGACACCGACACCAAGCUCUUCUUCUGUAAGGACUCCGACUCCAACCUCUUCAUCAAAUCGAAAUAAGAAAGGAAAUGAAGACAAUGUUGUGACAGUGAUGGUUAAUGUUAUUAAAUCUUCUCAAGAAGCGCGACAAAAGAGAAUGUCAGAGAUGGAUGAAACAGAUUAUUUCUUCCUGUCCAUGAGUAAACAAUUAAAAAAAAUUACCUGA